CCGUGACGUCACCGACACCCUUUCCGAGGGUCGGAUUAAAGAUGGCGCCCUCUCAGGCGGUAAGAUGCUGUCAACGGGGCUUAUCCUGGAUACCUGUGAUUUUUAUCAACCUGGUCGUGUGCUGGUCCUACUACGCUUACGUGGUGGAGCUCUGUAUAUACACAAUCACUAACACUGAGGAGCAAGUUUUUUAUGUGAUAGUGUUUCACCUCUGUUUCUUCAUGUUCGUAUGGUCCUACUGGAAGACCAUCAUAUCCAAGCCUGCCACCCCCUCAAAAGAGUUCUGUCUUCCUAAGGCUGAAAAAGAGCUGUAUGAGAAAGAGGAGAGACCAGAGGCCCAGCAGGAAAUCCUGAAAAGAGUGGCCAGAGAUUUGCCCGUAUAUACACGCACAGGAUCUGGGGCUAUCCGUUAUUGUGAUCGCUGUCAGCUGAUCAAACCAGACAGAUGUCAUCACUGCUCUACCUGCGACAAAUGUGUGCUGAAAAUGGAUCACCACUGUCCAUGGGUCAAUAACUGUGUUGGAUUCUCCAACUACAAGUUCUUUGUGCUGUUCCUGGCGUACUCGAUGCUGUACUGCGUCUACAUCGCCGCCACAGUUUUGCAGUACUUUAUCAAGUUCUGGACACUUUGCAGACGGAGGGCUAUAGAGCAUUGCCCGGAGAAUCAUCUGCCAGACACUCAUGCAAAGUUCCACGUGUUGUUCCUGUUCUUUGUGGCGGCCAUGUUCUUCAUCAGUAUCCUGUCACUCUUCACCUACCAUCUCUGGCUGGUGGGAAAAAACAGAACCACUAUAGAGGCGUUCAGGGCACCGGUGUUCAGAAAUGGCCCAGAUAAAAAUGGCUUCACUCUGGGCUUCCGCAAGAAUGUCACCCAGGUGUUCGGGGACCAGAAGCUGUCUUGGUGCUUACCCAUUUACAGCAGUUUGGGCGACGGCUACACAUUCCCUACCCGCCUAGUCAGCGUUGACUCAGAACAAGGCAAUGUUGAACACCAGGCCAUUAAAUGCACUGUUGAUGGACAGACAAACCCCAGACCUCUGAGUGAGUCACAGAAUCAUCUCCUAGGCAACGAUAUGCACUCUGAGGAGCAGAAAGACGGCGGUCCUGCAAACAUAGAGGUAUGUCAGCCUGUUUCUGUCACCAUGGAGAAUGAGUCCUAAUCAGGACUUUGGAUUAUUUUUCCUCUCUUAAGGAUACUCUUGUUCUAAGACCUCAUGUGAAAGACCGCAUAGCCCUCAGAUAUAAAGCCUUAAGGUUAGCAGCAUUAUCUCCUCUCUCUGAAAAAGACCCGCGGUGCGUCGCUGUGGAGGAUUUAUUUAACCUGCAUUCAUAUCCGCACAGACAGCUCUUCGCACCAAACAUCGACUGAACUCAACGACUCUUUCGCCAGGUUUUACGGCAUGGUGACUUACACAUUUUCUUUCACGCUUUUUUUUUUUCCAAAUUUGACCAAAAUACCCUAAGAUGACCUUCAGGUUUUUGUCUGUCCAAUAUAUAAUGUAUUUAUACUGGUUAAUCUCUGGGACUACUUCAUUUUUGUAGGCCAAAAAAGUUCAGCAGGUGUUUCUACCCAAGAUGCACUUUUGUCAACAAGGAUUUGUGUGGAGUGGUUUUGCAGAUGUUAACGGAUCUGAAUUAACAUGCAAGUGCAAUGCAGUAUUUGAUUAAAAUGCGUUCAUCCGUUGAGUAUAAUUCACUACACGGAAGCAGCAACCUCAACUAAUGUAUCUGGAUGACUUUAGGAGUUUUAGUCAAGUAUUUUGUGAGAUAAUUCAGAAGUGCAAUACUUUCCUUCUAGAGCUUCACAUUAAUGUACUCUAUUUGUGGAAAACUUUGUAGUAUUCAGUGGUGUCCAACAAAUUUGAAGUCCUCUACCCAUUCAUUAACACUAUUUCUUCCUUUUUCCCCCUCUGCAUUAAAUUUAAAGGGAUAAUUCACCUAAAAAUGAAAAUUUGUUCCAAACCUGUAAGAGUGUCUUUCUUCUGCUGAACACAAAAGAAGAUAUUUUGAAGAAUGUUGUUGACCAGACAGUUGACGGCACCCAUUCACUUCCACAGUAGUAAAAAAAAUACAAUGGAAGUGUACAAUGGUGCCGUCAACUGUCAUUUGUUUUCAACUAAAGAAACUCAUACAGGGUGAGUAAAUGAUGACAGAAUUUUCAUUUUUGGGUGAAGCAUCUCUUUAAUUUUUCUCUUUUUGUUCCUUUAAAUUCCUCAAGCCCAUCAGCAUUAUACUAUCAGCUUUGUGCCUUUGUUUGAGGGUUAGAUUUUGCAGCAGAUGGUGUGAAUCGUGUCAUUAAAGCACACUUAACAUUUCUAGGUUGUGUAGCACACACAGCUCAGUUGUUUAUUACAGAAAGAGCUCAGGCCAAGACAUUAAACUUUUGCCAGCUGCAGCAAAUACGGCAAAAUGGGUUCUAGUAAAUUUCGUUCAUUUAAGUUUUUGAUGACAGCUGAAGUUUUUACUCCAUGUGAAUGUGUAAUCUUGGUGUACAUUUUUUUUUUUUUGUUUGUAUAGUUUUGUUUCUGUUGUUCUGUAAGUGGAAGGAGUUCAGCGAGAUCUGUUUACAGAUGCACUGUCUCCAUUUAUUCCUGGAGAAACGUGACCUCAUAAGGAAGCUCUUAUGUGACUGAAAUACAUGCAUAUCUCUGCUUGAGUGUUAAUACUUUGUCCAUAAAACUCUGAAAUGAGUUGAUGUUCAUGGAAGUCAUUGAAUUGGUUUUGUGCUGAACAGGUUGCAUAUUGUUUUUUUUAUUAUAGUUUUUCAGAAUUUUCUAUUUAUGUUACUGCAUGUUAAUAUGAAAAUGACCUGGAUAAAGGGGCAAUGAUUUACCACUAUAAUUAUGACCUCUAGAUAGCAUUUCUGCAGAACUUGAGCUGAUGUAACCAUAGCAACAUGAAAAAUAAUUAGGCUGCUACAUCUGCUGGAGCUGGAGGUCGUGUGGUAUUUGUAUGAGGACAUGGUCGUCUUUGUAAACAUUUUUAUAGGACAGUGAUUAUGCCAAAAAUAAUCAUUUUAAUAUCAAAGAACUCACUAAUCAAUCACUUACUCGCUCGUGAACGUAAUAUAGUACUGGAAUUUGAAAACCAACUAGGACCGUUUUCAUUUUCUGAUUUGUAUUAUUUCCAAAAAAAAAAAAAAAAAAUACUUGUACAGAAUUUUCAGCUUUUUUUUGUACUUACCCUGCAGGCCAGUUUGGUUCAUGAUGUUAUAUUUGAAGAUGUUUCUGAAGUCUGAACAGUUUGCACAGAUUUUCCAUGUCUAAUUCAAUUUAAUGUUUGUACUUUGCAGAUUUACCAAGUAUUCAAUGUAUGCAUUAUAAAAUUAAGAGUUAAUAAAAAAACAUUUUGGCA